UGUUCCGGGGUUAGUUCACAUUUAAUUUUGACAGCAAAAAGUUCUAUAAAAAAUAAUUUUCAAAAUGAAGCUCUUAAUUUUUGUGGCCCUAAUUGCUGCUCUUGUGGCCACUGCCUCGGCUUUGAAAAACGAAAUCUGCGGUUUGCCACAUUCUAUUGAUGGUGAUGAAAAAACAGGCGUAUACUGUCAGGCUCUUUAUGAUUAUACAUAUGAUUCGUCGGCUAAUAAGUGCAUCAUGUUCAUCUAUGGAGGCUGCGGGGGCAAUGAAAAUCGUUUUGGUUCAAAAGAGAGUUGCGAAGAAAAAUGCCUGGAAUGAAGCAAUUUUCGAAAUCGAAAGAUAAUGAAUGAACUGCUUAAUUAAAGCAGAUCUAAAAAAUCAAAUUAUUCUAUAAAUACAUAUAUAAAUUCAGUUCA